CAAUCCCUAAUUCAGCAAGCCCUCGGCCGAAGCCCUCGCUUAAUUUCGUCUCGCCUCCUCUUCAAUCGAGAUUUCGGCCCAACAAGAACCAAAAAGGAAUAUGCGUUUGAUAUAACUUCCCAAUGCAAAGCAGUCCUGACCAAUCGGUGCAACCUCAAUGUUGUGAGUGAAAUAUUUGACAACCUAGACAAAGCACAUAAAAAUCGAUUUGCAGAGUCUUGCUUCUGGCCACUAGUAAAUAUUCCCGAGUUCAUAGUGUCCUCGCAAAUAGUCCACCAAGUACUUCGUAGGACAUUGAAAGCGUCCGAAAAUGACAAAGAUGGCGUGUGGUUUAGAUUUGGGGAAAACGAAGCUAGGUUUGGGUUACAAGAGUUUUGUCUUGUAACCGGAUUUAAGAUUGCGGCGGAUGAUGAAAAUGCGUACGAGGUCCCCAAAAAUAACAGUCCGCUUUUGCAACUGUUCAAGGAGAAGCGGGGGACGAUCAAACGCAGUGACUUACUCGAGAAAUUUUCAUGA